GGUGGCUUUUGUUAAUGUAUACUUGAUUGGAAAAUGGCUUUACAGAGCAGCGGAGAAUAGAGGUGCAACUCCGUGUUUGGAGGAGGACCACCACACUGAGGUGUGAAGGGCUCGGGAGGGGGUCUGCAGGACUGAAGAUCACAAACUUUGGAACCCGUUCACAAUAGAGGUGUGAAUUAGCACAAGAGUGUGAAGGCAUUGGGAAUAAAAGGAGAGGAAUGUGGACGCGCAGGUGAUGGCUGGCCGAUGACGGCUCAUUGGGGGGAGGUCAGAACAUCUCAUGACCUUUUAUUUAGAUAAUGACAGAGGUCACCAGGUGAACAGUGCUUCACAUAUACAUGAAAAUGUUGACUUCAGCUUUGAGAUGUAGGUGUUAAAAACAGGUUUGGUCACAUCCAUUCUGGCCUCCCAAACUUCACCACAAUCUGUUGUUCACUUCCACUUGGUCAUUAGGGAGGUUGGAUUUAAAAAAAAAGAAAAGAAAAAGAGGGAUGAUCUCACUGCCGGAGACGUUUACGGAUCUACUUAUGUUGCAAAGCGAUGAUUUCAUCACGCGGGUAGAGUUUCCUUUGCGCGACAGACAGAAUUGUUCAGGAUAUUUUGACUGAAACGAUAGACUCUGCGUGACGCAAGGCUUCUUUACUUCCUUUAUUAGCGACAGCAGUCUGCGGUGAGCCGUCGCUUCGGAAAAAAAAUGAGCCCUUUUUUCAGACUCCUCCUUUGAUUGGUGUAAUAUUGUCAUGGAAGUGCCACUUGCUGCCAGGCAGCAGACAGCAUGACGUCAUUCUCUUUGUGCUGCACUAUUGUGUUGGUGACUGUCUGUAAUUUGUCUGAAGAGCUGCCAGCAACAUGAUUUUUCUGUCUGCCCGCUGUCUGCCAGGAAUCCCUGCCUGGCACGGCGCCCAAGGGCAUCAUUUGUCAUCAAAGGUUGAAUGCAACUAUGUCACCUAAAAUUGAAAGAUGUCAUAUUAAAACUGAUUUCUCAUAAGUUAUAUGAACCCUGGAGAUUCAGUGAUACCUUUGCAGGGCAUGUUGUAACACUAUUGCUUAAAGUUUGUUCUUCUCAGUUGUUUUAGCAUAAAGAAAUAAGAAGCUAUAUUUGAUGAGCAGAAGUUACACUGUAAAACAGAUUAAGAAAAAUUUAGUUCUGCUCUGAGAAAAUACAAAUGCAAAAAAUUAAUUAACAGGAUAUGUAUGUCUCAAUAAUUUGGCCAGCUAAUGUCUGAUGGUCACAUGACUCACGGCAUACUUGGAGAAGUAAAACAUUCUUUGCAUGUGCGCACUGUUGCAAUGGAAGCCUCGCUCGUCUGAGCCUUUGCUCACGUGAUGGUCUUGUUUACGGUCUGAUUUUUGCUCGUGGCCGCAGGCUUUUUUGUAAACACGAGACAGACACAACAGCUGUCCCUUUCUAAAGGUAAUAGACAGUUGGAUCUACUUUCCCACCAGUCACCACUUUUCAACUCGAUAGCGGAGAUUUGAAAAUCCAUUUAUUCAUUGGCUUCAACGUGACAACUGCCCCUUCUCUUGUUGUCUUGUAUUGAUUGAAAGCAAUCUCUCAGCACCCCUCGCUUCUCAAAGGGAAACCUUAAGAGCUGUCCUGUGUGACCUCCAAGGCUUCCCCAUUGUUGAGGACAAUAGCGUGAUCAUUCCUCCGUUGCAGGUGGCCAGGAGUCUCCUGCUGAGCCAGGGAGAAUCCCCGAGUCAGCACAUUAGCUUGUCAAAAGGAGCAGAUUAGGCAACCUGGGGAUAGCUGGGGGGAAAGAAUCCCCUACAGAGACCCCCCAGUGACUGCUUUCCAGCUGUAAAUUCUUGUAAUUAACUAAAUGAAAUGUGUUAAAUGCUGCCAAUUAUUCAUCAAUGCAUUAAUACCAAAGUGGGAUUUAUUUAGAUUCAGUGAGUAGGCAAAACAAUCAUGUAUGACUAAAUGAAGACUAUAAAAAGUCCAUCAGUGUCAAUUUAAGUGUCCUAGUUCACCCCAAAGGUCAACAUGGGUAGACUUCAACUCAUGUUCAAAAUAACAUGUAGAUGAACCCUAAAAUAAAAAGUUGCAUGAGCUAACAAAAGUAAGAAUAAAAAGAUGAACGGAUGGAAAUGACUAAAGAUAACUUCCUCCAUGUUUACAGCAGCGAAGGUAAAGUUCCUUCAGAGGCUCGAGGUGGGAGUCGAUCUUCACAGCACAUUUGUUUGGGCUGAGGAAUCAAUAAAUCUUUCUUCGUAUGAACUUCCCGGGAAAGAAUGACCCAGAAAGACUCGCUCGGCUACUUCAGUGAUUCUGUUGAGUUUCAUCACAGCAGGACUCAAACAGCCUGAGGUUGCCUAUGGGCAAAGUGAAAGGGCAGAAAGACAAAGAUUUUUUUUUUCUCUCCUUGCCAUAUGGGACAGCCUACAUUAAAUAUAAAUGUUAAUCCAUAUGUUAACUCUCUUCCCCAUGAAUAUUUAACAUUCUCGCUAUGCAGAUAUGUGAGCUUUACAAGGUCUCAUCACCCUGCAUCGCCUCUUGUGUCCCCCCCCCCCACCUCUCUCUUUCUGCAAUCAAUAAAUGAUAACACUUGACAAUCAAAAGCCUGCCAGGAUGAAACCAAAACAUCUUUGACUGACCACCUGAAUCCAAACAUGAAAGAGCGACGCCACUCCAGGACGGAAAUAUUGAUCAAGCGCCGUGGCGCGGCGUGUUGAGUUCAAGUGCAAGUGAGCGCGUCGUGCUCGUACUUUGGUGAGCCAGACGCCGGGUUAUGCGGAGGUAGGGGUUACAGGUUCAAACUCCUCGCAGCUGCAGAGUGAAGUCUGAAACUUUCACAGAGAUUACAUGCAUCUUUUGUUGCACACUUUUCUCCACUCCAACACUGCCUACAUGAAACAAAAGAAGUUGCAUUGCACACCAGGAUCAUUUUAAAGUGUUUUUUUUCCUUCCAUUGCCCCGAGGAUGUUAUUUGUGCAUGGAUUUUGUUUGAUUUUCAUUAUCCAAAUUCUCUCCCACAUGAAAGGGGACCCUUCCCCUCGAUUAAUAAUUGACAUUUUAUGACUUUCCCUCUCCCAGUGCCACGCGUACGCUUUGAUGCGAGCACUGUUCUUUUAUCAGCAUUGUGCCAUGUAUUGAUCGCCUCGCAGAUAAGCACAAUCAAAGGGAUUCCUCGUGGGGGAGUCAACACAUGGUCACAUCACACUCCUGGAGUGUGCUGGGACUCCUUGUUUGGCUCUCAUCCUGUCUGAGAGACACUUUCUCUGGGUUAAAUAGUCACACACAAUAACAAAGCUCUCUAAAUGACAUCAUUUGAAGAAGAAGGGGUGGGAAUUGAGGUAUUCAAAGUUUUUUAAAAACAAACUAGCUUAGUGGCAUUUAUUUACAGGUUGUCCUUGGUCUACAAAUGAGUUUAAGUCACUAAUGCUGUUGGAAUCACUGAAGGAGCUAAAGAAAGGCACCACUCAGAUAAUUGACUUUGGGGUAAUUUCCGAUUUUUCCAAGAAAUCUUUUCAACAUUUCUACAUUUCCCCUGAAUGGAACAUAUAAUGAAACUUCAUCAACAUAUUCUAAGGAAUUUUUUAGAUUUGUAAAACAUUUCUUUGUUUGUUUUGGUAUAUUGUACCCCCCCAAGCCCCCCUCAAGGAAAAAAUCCUAGCGCCGCCAGUGUUUGCAAUACCAUUACUGUAAAUGUUUCUCUGAAAAAACUUCCAAUCAAACAAAAGACAAUUAUGAGAUACAAAGGCGGUGGGAAAAGUAAUUUCUCCCAUCCAUCUGCCUAACACACAAUAGCGUCGCCUAAACAAAAUAAGCGUGAAGGAGUAUUUAACUCCAUAGCUAAGCGAGACGCGCCUUAUAAAUCCAGGAGAUUUACAUAAUCCAUCUGUAUUCAUGUAAAUAUAUAUUUCUGUUUAUGCUUUCCACAUAAAUGCUUUUCAUACAUUUACGCCUCAUGCAGAUUUGAAGGCUUGAGUAUCGAUUGCUAUUCGACACUCCGAGAUCAAUCGCCUUAAGCACUUACAACAAAGCACAGCACGGUCAUAAUGAGCACCUCCUAUUAAAUGAACAUACAAUGGGCCACAUAUGAAAAAAUGCAGUCCAUUGUCUGUGGUGAACACUUAGAGACCAUUAGCAGUAAUGUAAAAAGCUGCCCAUCUUUCCACCAUCAAUAUAAGAUAAGUGGGCCGUAGCGUGUAUGGCGAGAGUAUGGCGGUUCUCCCCGGCCGUUGUUGACGCCGCUGUCUGAUUGACAGCACUUUUGUUUUCCGCGGAUUAAGUAAUCUGACUUCAUGCCUGUCCACGAGGGGGUUCACGUAACACCGGCUGGAGGUCACUCCGCCCUUGUGACCCCUCCAGACCGAGCCCAGGCGAUGGACAUUCUCAGGUCCUAUACUUUGACGCACUUCAUAGGUCCUCAUGGCCUGAGUGUAAAUUUUUAAUGAAAUAUACAUUAAGGAGCAUUCACGAGCUGAUACGUGAUGUUUUCCUUGCAGCUAAUAUUUCUGGAGCCUGAAUAUCACAUCUAGACGGAAUGAUUGAUUUUCUAUCAGGCUGCUUUUCUUAAAUGAAUAAUUCAGUGUUAUAGCUGGAGACCCAAGUUUACUCGUGACACCUUCACGGUAUUCCGUUGCACUCGUCGUCCAUUCACCACAACAUUCUGUUUGAUGUUAGCACCGCAAAUCGUGUAAUUGGACACAGACAAGACGAGAGCUCUAUAUCGUAUAAUUGUAUAGAUCAGAGUGUGCCAUACACUCAUGAGAAGUUUGUAGGUUGACUUUCUCCCCCGGCCUCCUGUCUUUGCAGAGAAACGAGAGACGGCAGCUUCUGAGGUCACACAGUGAUUACUGGUCGCCACAUGGGGUCGAAUGACUCUUAAAUGCUUUGUUUACACUUCUUCAACCACGUCCAGCCUCUGACCCAAGUCAAACGAACCAUUAAGGUUGCAUAAAGCUCAUUAGAAAACAAUGUUAAAUAACAGCAGUCAAGGUGAAAAUGACAGUUAAGAUGCAAAUGCCAUUAAAUAUUAUAAAUGCUCUCAUUUGUCAUUUCAUUAGGCACAAUUGCAGAAGAUGGAUACAGUGUAGCUGAUAUUAUUUUUGUGGCACUGCAUUACAUCAUGUUGUGAGGUGAUUUAAACAUUUUAGUGACCUCAGGCUUUUUGAAUGUAAAAUUGACACAUUCAUUUUCACAGACAGACUUUUUUUUUUUUAAUAACAAUGUAGCCUAUUUGUGUUCCUAAUGUCUUGAGCGGUGAGUGUAUAAGGUAACAAACAAAGAAGACACAAUUUCAACAGUGCUUUCAUCAUAAUUGAGGUUUGCUGGUAUAAAGCACGUAUUAUCCACAUCCAUUUGAUAAAUUAUAUCACUGAAAAGAAUCACAUUUAAAUGUUUAUUCAUGUUGCAAGAAAUUUAAUAAGAAGGUGUUUCGCUUUGUUUUGUUUUUUCUUGUGAAUCUUUCAGAAGCGUCUCCCCUUUCAGCUGGCUCAAGUCCUAGAAGUGGACAAACAAGCGCUGGAUAAUUAGCCGGACCGGGAUCGCUCAUGCAAGAAGUGAUCAGCUUUCCAAUAUCUCAGUGGACGAGGAAUCUAAUCCGCUCUUCCCGCACGACAUCUCUUCCUUCUGGCUGGACAAUGCGCAAAUCUCACGCGUGCUCAUCGUGUAGUGUCCCCGCAUGGAGGAUGAGGAGGAUGAUGUGUUUGAGCCAGACCCCCACUGCUGGCGCACCACAUUCAAGGAGAUAAAGUGUGAGGAGCGGGCUACGCAGACACCCGGCCCUAUCCUGGCAUCCAACAACGGCAUGCUGCCUUGUGGAGUCGCCGAGGAGCCAAGACCACUCUUCUACGGUAACGCAGGUUUUCGAUUGCACUUCCCGGCUCACUUUGAAAUUGUUGGCGAUCAAGAGGAGAGACUGCAAGAAAGCGAAAACGGAAUGGAGGAGCAGCACCAUCAGCAGCAGCAGCAGCAGCAGCAACCCGUGGCACACCACAUGGAGGCCUGCAUCGGUCGGAAACUCCAGCUGAUCGGAGACCAGUUUCAGCGGGAACACUUACAGCUGUAUCAUCGAAACCAAAGGAUCCGGGGACUGCUGUGGUGGCGUCUGGCCACAGCCGUGCUCGGUCUACUAUUUGACAGGGGCUUCUUGGCCGGACGAGGUGGAGCAAGACGGAGGUGAGACAGUCUUGCCCUCGUGUCCGUUUUAAUCAUCUCCACGAGGAACUGGACUCCCGAUGGCACUGUCAAAUCUAACACGGGUCUGUUUGCGGGGAGUGGUGGCACAGUUGAGGUGUGGAAGGGUUUCAAAAGGUCACCGCAGGACGGAGACAAGCAACUUUUAUACAAGGGUUUUUCUUUUCAAGAAGAUGCCAUGAUGCCCAGAGAUUCCUCCACAGGACAAUGUUCAUAUUUUGCUAUAAGUGUGGUGUUUUAGUUUUGUACAGUACAAUUAGUUCCAUUUUUUUGCACUUCACAAUGUAUCCAUUUUUGAUGACCUCCACAGACCCUGGGAAUGCCUUAUUCAAUGUUUUCUGCCAUAAAGAGUAUUGAAAUAAUUUUAGACGAUGGUUAGUAAACAAAAAGGACAUGUGGUGUGUUUUUUUUUUCUUUUCAAACCUUUGUGAAGUUUUUCCAGGUAACCACUCAAGUUGAUUUCUAACUUCCAAAGAGGCUAUUUCUCAGAAAAAAGCAUUUUGCACCUCACUUAAUGGUUACAUUGCUAUUCUUUAAUAUGUUUUCACCUUGUCAUUUCCCUCAUUUGCUGUAAUAACGGUAACAAACUGUUUCUGACUGCUCACCAAAACAAAUAUUUAGUUCAACUACAUACAUGUUACAUGUGGUAUCAGAGGCGAGUUUGCAAAAAUUCAUAUUACUCACUCCUCAAACAAACCUCUGCAAAGGGAAACUAUUCGGACCGCAAGGUAUACAGAUUCCUGGCUCCAUUUUUGUAGCCAGCGCAAGUCUGGUGGACAUUUACGCAGAGGUGGGCUAGACCAUGUUUUGGUAUUUUCAUCCAGUGGCCAAUCCAAGUGUCUCCUCUCAUUCCCUUUAAGAUCAGCAUGCCCAUAGUCCUUGACAGUAGCAGAAAAGGAUGAGUGCAUUUGCACGGAAUUGAAAGCAGACCUCCACAGCCAGAUGAUCUAAAGUUGGCUAAUAAUAAUUGACUGCAACUGCGAUUCAGAGGACUCAAUGCAUGCCAUUGUCAUAUUUUAAGCGCAGCCGUGGCUCAGAGGUAGAGCAGUCAUCUGCUUUUUGAUUCCUGCUCUGUUCGAGUCAUGUGUCUUUGCAUCCUUGUGCAAAACAGUUCACCCACGUUGCCUCCAGUGCCACUCGUACUGGUGUGUGACUUGGGUGUGUGUUUUGUUGGUGGUCGGAGAGGCCUUAGGCACGCACUGGCAGCCACGCCCCCGUCUGCCUACCACAGUGCAGCUGUGGCUACAGAAUGUUGUUAAAACCACCACUAGAGUUUGAAUGUGAGAGUAUGAAUAAUGAAUUCAUUGUGAGUACUUUGAGUGUUGUGUUACAGUCAAAGCGACAUAUAAAUUUAGAUGCAAUAUUAUUAUUAUUGAUCAAAUUACCCAAAAUUGGUAGAGACACACAUUUGGCAUGCCGUCGACUUGUGUGGUGGAUGUCAUCUAUUUCAUUCAUAAAUAUGACAAUAACGUAGGACAAUCGCUCUGAAUCAUUGGAGGAAUCAAUUCAUUGAACAAAUUAGAGUUAUUAUCAUUUUAACAGCACCGCCCUGACUGCAUGACAGAACUAUUUGGCGACAACACAGUCUCCAAUUGCCCAUUGCUGACAACAUCAUCCGCAAGGGCAGAUCUUGCAGCUUUACGUGCCAAUGUCAUGCACAGACCUGCGAGUCUAGUUCUGUUUUCCAAAUGUCAAGCCGGCAUGCAAUGCGACCUCCCCGAUCGUAAUGCAAAUGAGGGACGCCACCUGCGUAUUACAAAAUAGCAAAAAAAAAGAAAAUGCCACCCAUGCACACGAGACUUGCGCUAAGCACAAAAUUAGGGUUCCGUGAUUCUAUCAAGAGUCUUACACUGUGAGGAGACAAGUAUUGCCACAAACAGUACUGCUUUUUUAUUAUUGGGGCAUCUGGAUAGACUUAUUAGAUUACCCUGAAUUUUAAUUCUCCACGUUACUAUGCUUCCAAAGUUUGUGAAGGCCCUUAUCUGUUCCAGCAAAACUUUGCGAUGAAAUCAAGCACAACUCUUGUACAUCGGCAACCUUUAACCUCCCAGACACAAUCCAAAAAGUCUUCCUAGAAAAGUGACACAUCUUCCUCAUUUGGUGCAGUCCAUCUGUCCCAAUACUUUUGUCAAGCCAUCUGCUGUGAUACUGUCCAGUGACAGACACACAUUAUUAGUGCUCUAACUUGUUGUAAAGAGUAUUUUUUAGAAAGUGCACUAAAGGACAACUUUAUUCAAGCCAAUUGCGUAUUUAGUAAGAUACGCUUUCGUUCUGUUUUUUGUUUUUUUGUUCUGUUCUAUCCGUGUAAUUUGCAGACCUCCAUGCCCUUGAAGUGGAGCUGUGGAUCCACUGUUUUUGCACUAGCACACCCUUUAAGACUUCCACUUGUUACCUAACCAACCCUCGUCUUACAUGAAGGUUUUCACUUAGUCAUUGGCCACAACAUCCCAUUUUUCAAUUUAUAUUACGACCUGGCUGGUCACAGUUUGGGAUCUGAGUUGGAAAGAAAAUGGCUUUGGCCCUGUCCGGCCACAGCUUUCCGUGUUGUUUUCCACACCAAACAGUCCACGGAUGAAACCGAAUCCUUUCAGGCAACUCUCAUGGGAUUUACACCCGCUUUUUAUUAUGAGGAGUAACCCUUGUAUUGUCUUUGGUGCUCAGAUCCAGAUGUGAAGCAGUUUUAUCCCCCCCCCACCAUCUUUCACUAUGCGAACUAAAGACUGUAGUUACUUUCUAUUCUUAACACUGUUGAAGAUUUGUGUGAUUUGUUUUUUUUCCAUUGGUGAACACAAGCCAACUUUUGGACCCAGGGAGCAUUUCCAUGUCAGGGGUCUGUAAUGACUUGCUCCUAACAAUGUGUCAAGCUGAUCACUGCGUCAUUAUUAGAUAUUUCCUCUUGUAAUCAACGUAUCUCAGGGACAAGGCUUUGUGGGCCACUGGUGACCUUGAGAAUCACUUACAUGGUCAGAGGAAGAGCAGUGUUGCCACCCAUGACGAAACCUCGUCUCGUGUCCAUUUUUUUUUUUUUUUUUCCCGAUUUGUCCACACUAAGGUACAUUUUGACUAAGGAGUCAGAGGCUGAUUUUUGGUCAGUAGUUGGUGACGGGGGCUACCGAGCGUGUAGUUGGGAGGCGUGUGACGUGCACUGAAUGUUGUUGUAGUUUCCUGCAGAUCCUCAAUGCUGAGCCAGUCUAUGGAGCUGCCCGUCCCACCACUGACCCUUUAAGUCCUCUUUGUACUGCUCCUUUAAGACACACCUAUUGUAAUUUAUUUUUUCUUAUUAUUUAUUUUCUUUGAUUUUGUAUAUUUGCCCAUUUCUACUGUAUACACAUAUGUGUGAUCGCUUCUUGUGAGCCUUUGACUCAUUUCAAGUUGUGAUCGUUGUUGUCUGUCAUGAAGAGCAGCAGUUUAAAAUUAGCUUUUGUACAAAAUGGAUGGCAGCAAGUUUAUAAUCCACUCUGUCACUGCUGCACCAAAAAUCAAUUUCCAUUAGAAGCGGAAUCGAUUCAAGUUGAUUCGAUUAGACUUCUUGCCUUUCAACUUUAAUAUUCUCCUCAUCCUUUGCCUUAUUGAUGAUAGCUGCUCUUCUUUGGGACAACAGCUACAAAAUUCAUCCAAUCGCCUUUCAAUCCAGGGGAGCCCGUUUGAUCCACAAAAAAAAAAUAGAUCAAGGGUGGAGUAUUAAAAGCUUGUGAUUUUCUUGGGAUGGGCGCCACCGGUUCAGACAUUUUUCAUUACCGCUCAAUUCAGUCUUGACCAGAUUCUCCAUGUGUGGUUUAAGCAAAGCAGCAUCUUCAAUGUAGUUAUUAAUUUGUAUAAUAAUUAUAACGGCAACAUGUCUUUUCCCUUCUAAUUAAUGAAAAGUCAAAUGAUAGAUUAGUGGGGGGAAAGCUUCAGAAGAGUUACAUUCAUGUCCCUUUAAGACACAGGGUGUUGGUUUAUGUGUUUGAUUCCCGAAAUCUUGAUCAAUGUGUUGUAAUCAACAUGCACUGGAAAGUACUUUGCUUCUGUAGAUCCCAUGGGUCCCUUAUGUGUUUGUUGUGUGUUCAUAUAUGAUGUACAGUAUACUUUGGAUUGUUUAUGUGGCAUCACAUUGGCCCAAGGUGGCUCACACCUUUUGAUUUAUUGGAAAGGGAAACAAUCUGCCAUGGUGCCCCGCAUGUGUUUUGUUACAAUGACGUUCCCGCGCUGCACUCGUUCUGUUGUGUACACAUCAAGAGUGGCGCGUUCCUUCGUGUGCAUUGGGGGGGUGCAUUGUAUUUUACGGAAACCGUCAGUGUCUUUGAAUUUUGUAGUCCACUUUAUAUAAAUUUGAAGUUUUUGAAUGUUUUUUUUUUUUUUUAAUGAUAAGAUUCCUUCUUCACGUUCUUUCUUAACUUUUUUUAAAAUGUAUUUUCUUAACAGAAAAUGGUCUGUUUUUAUAAAGAUUUGAUUUUUAAAGCGUAGGAUCUUUGCGACUUUGUGAUAUCAAGGGCAUUUUUUUUUUCUUUUCCAACAUUCCCUUGCACAGCUCUUCGCAAGCGUGUAAAGCAAACCAAAACAAUUCACUGUUGUUAAUUUUGUGUGUUCCAUUGCUCUUCUUUACAGACCCGAUCAAGUGUACAUUUAUUUGUAAAACCCUGGAAUAUGCCUUUAACUGCUCAGUUUCAAAUGAAGUCUUGAUUAUCACACACUCUCUGUAUACCAAGAAAGGAGACCCAGCGAAAAUGUAGCAUUUUUGUAAACAUUGACUGUGUGUUUUCGAGACUCUACUGUGCACUCAUUUUGUGUUGAUAUGUAAUUUGGGGUUGUUCAUAUAUUAUGGAAGUAAAGACAAUGUGUUAUGUAGUGCAAUAUGCUGUACAUAUGGAGCUUUGCUCUGCAAAUCUUUUUUUUCCCCCCUGGAUUUCCUGUUGUUUAUUGGUACUUUUUUUUUUUUCAAUAAAAUUUUAUUGAACGUG